CCUUCGUAAAACCAGCCAGUAACGCCAUGAUGAUGAACAAGUUCACGACCCUCUUCGCUUUCUUCCUCUGCUCGUUCUUCGCCCUCGUAUCCGCUUUUCCGGUGGCUCGCGAUGUCUACGUUCCCCAAAUCACAUCUCCGACGGCAGAUACCAUUUGGAUUGCUGGCGAGAAGUACAAUGUGACAUGGGACACCUCUGAUGCCCCGGUAAACAUCACCAACUACCUUGGCAGGGUUGUCCUUGCGACAAACUAUGUUGAGGACUACGAGCACCCGCUUGCCAGCAACUUCUCCAUCCUCCUCGGUAGCAUUGAGGUGACCGCUCCUAACGUCACCACCGGCAAUGACUACUCCAUCGUCUUGUUCGGCGAUUCCGGGAACUAUAGCCCCGAGUUUACCAUCCUGAACUGCAACCUCACCGUUUAAGGUGGACGACGCGACAUGAGCACUUCUCUCACGUUUGCUUUACAUUGAUGACAUCCAGGCUCACUUAACUGGGAGCUUGAGGACUUUUCUUCGCAUCCGGACAUUGCAUUGGGGCGCUGCUGCACUCUCGCAUGGACUAGACGCAUAUUCCGUUCGGACGUUGUUAUGAUACAUUGUUACUUCUAGUUACUCCGUAAUGCCUACGAUAGUGUGUAUGAUGAUCGAUGGUUCAAGUGUUGCUGAACUGGAUUAAUGUCC